AUGCAGACAACUUUGUCUUUUGAGUUGGCCGAGAGGGGGAAACAUGGGCUUAUUGAAGGAAAGGUGGAUUGGAAAGGAAGAGCAGCAACCAAGGAUAAGCAUGGAGGAAUGCGAGCUGCAUUGCCAAUAUUAGGUACAUUCAUGUUUGCCAACAUGGCGGAUUUGUCAAUGGCAGUCAAUGGGACGACAUACUUCAAUGGGGUUAUGAACUUGAAUAUAGCAGAUGCAGCUAACCAAAUAACAAACUAUUCGGGCACUAGCUACAUCCUCACCAUCCUUGUGGCAGCCCUUGCAGACACCUAUCUUGGAAGAUUUAAAGCCAUUCUCAUAACGGCAUGUAUUGAGUUUUUCGGACUUGGAUUAUUAGCCCUACAAGCUCACUAUGCCAAGCUGAGACCACCCCUCUGCAACAAUCGUGAUCCAAAUGCUCAUUGUGUUGAAGUGCAUGGUGGUGAUGCUGCGUUCUUGUUUGUUGCCCUUUACUUAGUUGCAUUAGGAAGUGGAGGAAUAAAAGCUGCACUGCCAUCACAUGGUGCUGAUCAAUUUGAAGAGGAUGAUCCAAAGGAAGCAAAGCAGAUGUCAACAUUAUUCAAUUGGUUACUAUUAGUCGUAUGCAUUGGUGGGGCGAUAAGCGUAACUCUUAUAGUAUGGAUACAAGACCACAAAGGUUGGGAUAUAGGCUUCGGCUUAAGCACCUUUGCCAUGUUCCUAGGUAUUGUAGUUCUUGUUGCUGGUUUGCCGCAUUACCGUAUACAUGUUGUGAAAGGAAGUAGUGCCAUCACUGAAGUCAUUCAGGUCUAUGUAGCAGCGUUCCGUAAUAGAAAGCUUCAACUCCCCGAUGAUCCCUCUAUGUUGUAUGAAAUGAGUUUAGACAAUGAAGCUGCAACAAAAGCAGAAUUUCUACCUCACACUUCUGAUUUGAAGUUCUUGGACAAAGCAGCCAUCCAGACGCCACCAACAGAAUCUGAAGAAACAAAUCCUUGGGAACUUUGCCGAGUGACACAAGUAGAAAAUGCAAAGAUUCUUCUGAAGAUGCUUCCUAUCUUUUGUUGUUCCAUAAUUAUGACCCUAUGCUUAGCCCAACUCCAAACCUUUUGUGUUCUGCAAGGUACCACCAUGGACACAAAUAUUACCAAACAUUUUCAGGUACCACCUGCUUCUCUCCCCAUCAUUCCAAUCAUUUUCCUGAUCAUUCUUGUACCCAUCUAUGAUGGAUUAAUAGUUCCAUUUAUCCGGAGAUUCACUGGUCUCCCCACUGGCAUAACUUAUUUGCAACGAGUAGGCGUCGGCCUGGUUCUUUCUGCCGUGUCAAUGGCAGUUGCUGCAUUUGUGGAAGUCAAGCGAAAAAACGUUGCACGAUCUCACAACAUGCUUGAUGCAAUCCCGCUACUCCAGCCAUUGCCCAUCCAUGUCCUUUGGUUGUCAUUUCAGUACUUCAUAUUUGGGAUAGCUGACAUGUUUACAUAUGUUGGACUUCUUGAAUUUUUCUAUUCUCAGACACCUAAAAAGCUAAAAGCCCUUUCUUCCUGUUUCUUGUGGACCGCAAUGGCAAUUGGGUAUUUUUUGAGCACCAUACUCGUCAACAUAGUUAAUGGCGCAACAAAGAGAAUCACAAAAAGUGGAGGUUGGUUGGCCGGCAACAAUCUCAAUAGAAACCAUUUGAACCUCUUCUACUGCCUACUUUCAACAUUAAGCAUAAUCAAUUUUUUGAUCUACUUGUUCUUUGCCAUGAGAUACAAGUACAGGCCACAGACUAUAGAUGUUUCGGAUGAGGCUAAGCCAAAUGAGCUGGAGAAAGUUGACCCACAGAAUUAA